CCAACGUAGCCACAAAUAAACACGUUCUUUUUUAGGAGGUUUAUUGUUAAUGUUGUGAAUGUUGUUGUUUAAUACUGGACAACAAACAUCUUUCCCGGAGUUCUGUCGCGUAAAUACCGUCACAUCCUCUUCCUUUUGCAAUUUUUUAGGGGCCUACAAGAAACGAAAACAAGGUGCAUGUAGCUAGGCUCGGCUGUUUUUUUUUUUUUUUUUCCCCCUCACCCCAUUUACAUUACAUCCGAGGCGGGUGCAGCGUAUCAACAGAUACGAGUAAAUAAGCGGUUUUGAUCGGUCCUGCAGAUGUGAGUGUCGAAAUGCAGCUGUCGACGAAAAUGUACAGUGAAGCUGGAGGGAUGCCCGCAGCCGAGAGCCACCACGCUCAGCGCGUCCUGUCCUCCCUGAACCAGCAGAGGGCAGUAGGGAGGUUUUGUGAUGCAGCCUUGAACGUGGGAGGUGGGGUGGUCUACCUCGCCCAUCGCAACGUCCUCGCCUGCUUCAGUGAACUGUUCCAGCAGUCCAACAUGCCCGCCUCACCGUGCAUGGAGUUCUGCCUCCAAGAGUGCCCCGACGACGGCGUGGAGCUGCUCCUGAACUUCGUCUACACCGGGGAGCUGAAGCUGGAUCUUGACAACCUGGACAAGGUGCAGCACGCGGCUGCCAGCCUGUGUGUGCCAGAGGCGCUGGCACUCUGUCAGCAGUUCAAGGAAACGUCAGCGGACCCUGUGCCUUUCAAGCGUAAGAGAGGCAGACCUAAAAAGGCUGCACCAGACACAACCCCUCAUUGCUCGGUCAAAAAAGAGAACUUGCUUGCAGUCACAAAAGAUGAGUCCAGUCUCCACACUGACACGGCCAGUUGUAGCAUGGCUGCCACCACUACUACCUCGGCCACCACCACCCGCUCCGGGCGUGUAGUGAAGGGCCCCAGGCGACUGGUGACCGAUGAGAGCCCCACCACCGAUUUUGCAGUGGCCGAAACAGCCGGCAAGAGAGCCCCGAAUGCUCCCGCGGAGAAAGACGGCGGUGAUGCCGCCGUGGACAAUCAAAACCCAGCUCGCCCAACCGGUGAAACUGAGAUGACGGAGUCACAGACUGACAUCAGUGACAAUGGUGUCGCCCGGGUGAUGGAGGAGGCGGAGGAAGAUGAUGACGCGGGGGAUUUCGACGGGAUCGCCGAAGGCUCGGACGAGGAGUACGUGCCCGCUGCCGAGCCCACCUCUUCGGCCCCGUCCACGUCGACGGCACGGAAGCGCAAGGCCCAGAGUAAGGCGGAGAGAAUUGAGAACGGUGAGGCCGUGGAGGAAGACUCCAAGAAGGACGCCGUGCAGUGUCCUGUCUGCGACAAAUCCUUCAAGAGCAAAUACUACCUCAAAGUCCACAACAGGCGGCACACAGGGGAGAGGCCCUUUGGUUGCCUUAAAUGUGGGAAGAGGUACUUCAGGAAGGAGAAUCUUUUGAUACAUGAGAUCAGAGACUGUGCCAGAGUACAAACGUACACCUGUCUGACGUGCUCCUCAACGUUUAACGGAAAAGAACAGCUACGUUUGCACGUUGUGUCCCACACAGGAGAAAUGCCCCACAAGUGUUCAUCCUGUCCUGAACAAUUCAUGUACAAGAAAAACUUGACGAUUCACAUGAUGAAGGUCCAUGGUUAUCCGAAACCACAUGCUUGUCCCCAGUGCCCCAAGACCUUCUUAACUCGGACGGAGCUGCGUGUGCAUGAAGCGGCCAAACAUCGAGGUGAAAAGCCGUUUGUGUGUGAGGAGUGCGGCCAUCGAGCGUCCAGUCGGAACGGCCUGCAGAUGCACAUCAAAGCCAUUCACAGAAACGAGCGCCCUUUUGUCUGUAACCUGUGUGGCCACGCAUUCUCCCAGAAGAACAACCUCAACAUGCACCUGCGUAUACACAGUGGUGAGAAGCCAUACCAGUGUCAUCUCUGCGGCAAAACCUUCAGGACGCAAGCCAGUCUGGACAAGCACCACCGCACACACACCGGCGAGCGUCCCUUUAGCUGCGACGUUUGUGAGCAGCGGUUCACGGAGAAAGGCGCCCUCGUCCGCCACAAGGCCAGCAAGCACGAGGAAGGUCGCCCCCACUGUUGUCACAUAUGUGGCAAAACCUUCAAAGCGAGGGAGCAACUUCGCGUUCAUCUGCGCCGCCACAAAGGCAUGAGGAAGUUUGAGUGUAUAGACUGCGGCUACAAGUUCACUCGACAGGCACACCUGAGACGACAUAUUCAAAUCCACAAACGCACCGAGAACUACAACCCCCGGCAGAGGAAACUGAGGAACGUGAUAGUGCAGGAUGUCGACGGAGGUUCUGGUGAGAACGGAGCAUCUAAAACGGUGGGAGCCUCCCUGAUCGCUGAGCAGUCAGAUUACGCCCCGGACACCAGCGACAUCCGGGACCCCGCAAACCCGGAGACGGACUCCGCGACAGGCCUCGGCUCCAGCUGCAUCGUGAGGGUGGUGAUCGAGUCGAGGGACGCAGUGAUGGAGGAGGUGGUGUCCAAUCAGACCCUGGGACAUGUCGAGGCAGCGGAGGGUUUCUCCGUGCCUGAAGUCUUGCAGCAAACACAGCUGGUCACUGAGGCUUACGAGUCCACGAUGGACAUGGAGGGAAUGGUUGAGAACGGAUCAGAGAGGAAGACCUGAGGGCUGAAGACCAGAGACUGUGUGAAACCCGCUCAGAAAUUCAGGUUACUGUGAAGAACACGUCCUAAAUGAGAAGCACUUAAGUGUGAUGCAGAUGCUGAAGCACAGCCUGAGACGUUUGCACCUACAGAUCCAAAGACGAAACUGCAACAACGUUGGCUACUGUCGAGUCUCUAGCCAUGCAAGUUAACAGUAGCAAGUAAUUUUCACGCUUUCAAUAGUUCAUACACAGUAAGUCAACUGCAUGCUUGUAAAAACUGCUUAAAUAUUUUUUGGUUUGUUUUUAUUAAGCCUCCUUUUAUCAGCGUGCCCACUGCAGCUGGACUCAGAUAAUCAGUCUUCAGUGGCAUUCAGAUACGUUAAUGAAGGUAGGAAGAGUUGGACAGUUUGGGAGAUGGUCUCCUUCUCUUUAUGGUGGAGAGUUAGACAAGAACAUGGCUGCCACUCUCAUAUCUGACCAUUUAAUUCAAGGCUACAGCCAGAAGCUAGUUAGCAUAGCAUAACUUAGCUUCGCAGAAAGACUGAGAACAGGGAAACAGCUAGCCGGGCUCUGUCAAAUUUAAACAAAAUACACUUACCAGAUGGCCACCUGAUUAAAUUGAAACACCUUGGUCAUUUAUUUCAUUUUAUUUAUUUCUUGGGCGCAAAUUUUUGUUGAGAAUUGUUAACACUCAAGUUUUUGUAAAGACUAAAGAAACGAGAUAUAACUUGCUCAUCAAUAGCAAGUAGAGGUGCUGUUGGGCGGAUUAUAUUAUCAUUUGACAGAGCCAGGGUAGCCCCCCCCCAUUUCCAGUCUUUAUGCUAAGCUAAGCGAACCAGCUACUAGCUGUAGCUUCAUAUUUAACAAGAAGA